CGGGAUCCGCGCGUCCUGGGCGGCUGGCUGCGCGGGCGGGGACGCCAGGCUGGAGGCGACGGCGAGGGUCCGCGCGCGGAGGGCGCCGGGCGCAACAUGGGAGGCCCGCGAGCCUGGGCGCUGCUUUGCUUCGGGCUCCUGCUCCCGGGAGGCAGCGCCGCGUGGAGCGUUGGGGGAGCCCCGUUCUCUGCACGCAGGAACUGGUGCUCAUACGUGGUGACCCGCACCAUCUCGUGCCACGUGCAGAAUGGCACCUACCUGCAGCGCGUGCUGCAGAAUUGCCCCUGGCCCAUGAGCUGCCCUGGGAACAGCUACAGAACCGUGGUGAGACCCGCAUACAAGGUGAUGUACAAGACAGUGACAGCCCGCGAGUGGAGGUGCUGCCCUGGGCGCUCGGGGUCGAGCUGCGAGGAAGUUGUAGGCUCCUCUGGCUUCGUGGAGCCCAGGUGGUCGGGCAACACCAUGUGGCGGAUGGCACUUCGGCCCACAGCCCUGUCAGGUUGUCUCAACUGCAGCAAAGUGUCGGAGCUGACGGAGAGGCUGAAGGUUCUAGAAGCCAAGGUGGCGGUGCUGACUGUCACUGAGCAGGCAGUGCCCCCGACCCCAGCUGCCCCUGAGGACCCCGCCCCGCUCUGGGGUUCCCCAGCUGCCCAGGGCAGCCCCGGGGAUGAUGGCCUCCAAGGGCUACCAGGAACCAGAGAAAACGUGAGGGCCCCUCUGCUCCCCCGAGAUGAUCGAGUUGGUGCCCGGGGGCUUCCUGGGCCCUCUGGCCCCAAGGGAGACCCUGGCAGCCGGGGCCCAAUGGGGAUGAGAGGCCUGCCAGGUCCGCAGGGCCCCCCAGGGAGCCCUGGGCAGGCUGGAGCUGUGGGCACCCCUGGAGAGAGGGGACCUCCAGGCCCCCCAGGGCCUCCUGGCCCCCCAGCCCCACUUGGACCACCCUACGCUCGGAUCUCCCAGCAUGGGGACCCAUUUCUGUCCAACACCUUCACUGAGACCAGCAGCUACUGGCCCCAGGGACCGACUGGGCCCCCAGGCCCCCCAGGACCCAUGGGUCCUCCUGGACCUCCUGGUCCCAUGGGCAUCCCUGGGAAUCCUGGACAUAUAGGACCCCCAGGCCCCACUGGACCCAAAGGAAUCUCCGGCCACCCAGGAGAGAAGGGCGAGAGAGGACUGCGUGGGGAGCCUGGCCCCCAGGGCUCCAUGGGGCAGCAGGGAGAACCUGGCCCCAAAGGAGACCCUGGUGAGAAGAGCCACUGGGGGGAGGGGUUGCACCAACUACGCGAGGCUUUGAAGAUUUUAGCUGAGAGGGUUUUAAUCUUGGAAACAAUGAUUGGGCUCUAUGAACCAGAGGGGUCAGGGGCAGACCCUGCCGGCACGGGCACCCCCAGCCUCUUGCGGGGCAAGAGGGGAGGACACGCCACCAGCUACCGGAUCGUGGCCCCCAGGAGCCGAAACGAGAGAGACUGAGUGUGGUGGUGGCCCCUUGGUGAGGGCCAGGCCAGGCUUCCCUUCCCAGCCUGGACUUGGCCAGCUGCCUCCAAGAUUACAGUACCUACAGCCAAGCUGCAGCCCAGCAGGG